AUGCUAACAUGGACCAAUAAAUUUCCAAUUGGAUUGCUGAGCCCAAAAUUGAAGAGGGUUUGGAUAUAUAAACAAAUAAACUUGCGACUCCGUUGGGAGUGGUUGCUUUGUGGAGAAUGGGCCUCAAGAAGGCAAAGAGACUCAAAACUCGAAACUGGCCCAGCUGCAGGGAAUGAAGCAUUUCAAGCAAGAAGGUAUUCAGAAGCUAUUGAACAUUACAGUGGUGCUCUGUCACGUAACGUAGAAUCACGGCCUUUUGCAGCCAUUUGUUUUUGCAAUAGAGCUGCUGCAUACAAAGCAAUGGGCCAAAUUACUGAUGCUAUAGCAGAUUGCAGCCUAGCAAUAGCUCUUGAUGGAAACUAUUUGAAGACUUUUAGCCAGAUUAGAACUCUACUUAUAGAGACAGACCUGAAUGCAGAGACUUAUGCCUAUGUACAACUUCUAGCAAGAGUAGGAUGCACUACUGGAUAUAUAUAA